UUCCUACGCGCAUGCGCAGUCAGUAGCGACGCACACCAAAAAAACAAACAAAAGUGAAUUGAUCACCGCGGAGUAGAACAGACACAUCGCAGCAAUGAACAGCAGUAAAGUAGCUCUGGUCACUGGUGGAAAUAAAGGCAUCGGCUUCGCAAUCGUGCGGGCAAUGUGCAAGGAUUUCGCCGGAGACGUGUACCUGACAGCUCGGGAUGUCGGUCGAGGAACCGCUGCUGUGGACAGUCUGAGGAAGGAGGGGCUGGCACCGCUCUUUCAGCGGCUGGACAUCAACGACCCCGACAGCGUCCGCUCCGCGCGGGACUUCUUCACAGAGAAGUACGGCGGCCUCGACGUGCUCGUCAACAACGCUGGCAUCGCCUUCAAGAUGGCAGACACGGCCCCCUUUGGCAUCCAAGCAGAUGUGACAUUGAAGACUAAUUUCUUUGCUACUAGAGAUAUGUGCAAUGUGUUCCUGCCCAUUGUCAAACCAGGAGGUCGGAUGGUGAAUGUCUCCAGCGUAAUGGGCUCGGUGGCUUUAAGCCGCUGCAGUCCAGAACUCCAGGCCCGUUUCCGAAGCGAUGACAUUACAGAGGAAGAGCUAGUUGGGUUGAUGGAGCAAUUCGUCCGUGACGCUCAGGAUGGGCGUCACGCAGAGCAAGGUUGGCCUAGCACUGCAUAUGGGGUCUCCAAAACUGCCCUCACCACCCUGACUAGAAUCCUGGCCCGAAAUCUGACAAAAGAGAGGCCUGGAGAUGAGAUCCUAUGCAAUGCCUGCUGUCCAGGAUGGGUCAGGACUGACAUGGCUGGACCAAAUGCAACCAAGUCACCAGAUGAGGGCGCCGUCACUCCAGUGUACUUGGCAUUGCUGCCUGCUGGGGCUAAAGAGCCCCAUGGGCAGUUUGUUUCAGAGAAGAAAGUGCAGCCAUGGUGAGAGCUAGAAAGAGUAAUCGUGUGCGUUUGUGUCGCAAAGCAAGUUCAGACACACCAGAGUGAACCAUCAAGAUUUAGAUAGGCUAUUUCUAGAAAGUUUUGGGCUGAACCCAGACUGAACCCUUGACAGAAGACUUUAGGUAUUCCAAAAAGUUACAAUAGGCAUUGUGUACUUCGUUUUUGUAAAUAUUACACAAAAAGCUUUAAAAUUUGAUCAAGGUUUUGGUGAUUGACCAAUUGAAUAUCAGUUAACAACCAAAAAUUAUGUGGUCUUAAAGGAAUAGUUCACCAAAAAA